AUUAUAAAAUAUACAAAAAUUAAAACUAAAACUAGAGCUGAGAAAUAUUUAAAAUUAAAGAUUUUAUGCAGUUUACUGCAUAAGAAUAUUGUGAAAAGAUGAACCAGCUGUGCAAAGUAUGCGGCGAACCAGCGGCUGGUUUUCAUUUUGGAGCAUUCACAUGCGAGGGCUGCAAGUCGUUUUUUGGCCGCACCUACAACAACAUCGCAGCGAUCGCCGGCUGCAAGCACAACGGGGACUGUGUCAUCAACAAGAAGAAUCGCACGGCUUGCAAGGCCUGCCGGCUGCGCAAGUGCCUGCUGGUGGGCAUGUCGAAGAGCGGCUCUCGUUAUGGCCGCCGCUCCAAUUGGUUCAAGAUACACUGCCUGCUGCAGGAGCAGCAGGGGAGCGGCGCGGCCAUGGGCGCAGCCAGCGUGAGCAACGCGAAUCUGGAUCAGUUGGCGCGACUGCAGCAGGCGAGCAACCAGGCGCGACAAACCUACCAGGACAAAACGAAUCCCUGCAUCAAGUCGGCCACGGCAGCCACCUCGCCCACCAUCGCACUGCAGACGGCGGCGGCAGCAGCGGCGGCAGCGGCAGCGGUGUCCACUGCCUCGACGCCAGCGCCGAGUUUGCCUGGAUUUCUGCAAGCAGCCAAGUAUCUGAACGAGCAACAGCAACAGCAACAGCAGCAGCAGCAGCAUCGCCAGCUGAAGCUCGAGUCCCGCCUCAGCAAUACGCCCAGCGAUUCUGGCGCCUCCUCGGCCGGGGAUCCCACGGACGACGGCACCAGCGUGCUGAGCGCCACGACGAACAGCAUUAGGAAGGCGGUGCGACAGAGCAGCUCCGCUUAUGCGGGCAGCUCCGAGGCGGACAUUGCGGAGCAGCAGCAGCGACGCCACAAGGAGCUGCUGGAUAUCUUUCGCAGCCACUCUGAGCCGCUGUACAGCUCUUUUACGCCAUUCACCCUGCCGCCAGCAUUGAUGGCCAGCAGUUUGCCGCCGCUGCCCAUCUUCAAGGAACAAUUCAAGUCGGAGCUGCUAUUUCCGUUCCCCGCGAGCAGUCCGGCGGAGGAGGAGGAGCCCAUGGACUUAUCGCUUCGCUCACGAACGGAUGCUGCAAGUCCGACGGCAAACAGCUCCAAUAGCCCUCUCAGUGAAUCAGCCAACCUGCCCUCGGAGUCGCCCGCCACCUUUGUACGCAAGCCCACGCCCCUCGACCUGACCCUGGUGCGCUCGCAGACUCUGACAGGAUAAGGUCACGGCAGGAAGCCAUCCCACUUGGCUGCUUGCAAACGAUUCGAUAUUGGUGCCAGUGAAAGUAUGUACAAAUAAAUUGUUUUUAGCUCAAUUACAGCAUUUAAGCAAUUCGAAAUACUCUCGUAUACACACACACACACACACAUACACACUCUAAUAUACGCAUAUACAUAUAUAAGUAUAAAUAUUAAAAUAAUGUUUAGCCAAAUUUACAAUCGACUGUCAUUUAAUUGUGUGUUUUUAUUUAAUUUAUGUUUAGCACGUGUAUUAUACAUAAGUCAUUUAUAAUUUGCAUGUUGUUUUUUCGCUUCUGUUUGUUUUCUUAAUUUUAAAUAAUUUAUUGCGUAGACACAUAAGCUAAGCGAACCCAAUGUAA